AUGGGUGUUCACGCAAAAGUUACCGUGGAGGGCUCGUACAGGAAAGUAGCGCCGUAUUACCAGGUGUACAGGACACACUGUAAGGAGCGCUGGAGAGGCAGGCUUCUCGUAGACGUGUUCACGAGCGAGUUCCGAGACCAAUCCAUCGAGCAUUACAAGGCGCUGAUCACGAGCGGUGGUGUUCUCGUCAAUGGCGUGCCGUCUAUUUCGACGACCAAGAUCCAGAACGGCGACGUUAUCGAGCACAAAGUUCAUAGACACGAGCCGGCCGUGUCUGCGGAACCAAUCGCUGUUAUCCACGAGGACGACGACAUUGUUGUCAUUGACAAGCCCAGCGGGAUCCCCGUGCAUCCGACAGGCAGGUACAAGUACAACACUGUCACUGAGAUAUUGAAGCGAGAGAUGGGACUCGUGGUUUACCCGUGCAAUCGUUUGGACAAGCCCACGAGCGGCGUGAUGAUCCUGGCCAAGAACAAGACCACUGCGAAGUUGCUCUCGCAGUCUCUGCAAACGCACGAGUUUCAAAAGGAGUAUCUGGCCAAAGUACGAGGCCGGUUCCCCUCUGGCACGACCACCGUUGUGAACUACAUGAAAUCCAUCGACCGUAAAGUGUCCCUCAACGGUGUCUGCAGCAAGAGCGAUAAAGAGGCAAAGUGGUCCAAGACUGUGUUCCAGCUUGUAUCGUACGACCGGAGAACAGACACGAGCAUCGUGCUUUGCUUCCCCCUGACUGGGAGGACACACCAGAUCCGCGUCCACCUACGCACUUUGAACCACCCUAUCGCUAACGACCCGAUAUACUCCAACGAGCAAGUAUGGGGUGGUACCCUGGCUGGCACAGGGACAGAUUACGACGCGGUCGCUCGGAAACUACGUCAGCUAGACCCAUCGAGCCUCAAUCUGGGAGAUCUCCAGCGAGAUCAGACCCCAUUCGAGGAUCCUUCAAGCGCGUCCAAUUGUUCGCUCUGCGAAACGGACAUAUCGCCACCACAGCAGGACCAGAUCUGGCUACACGCGUUGCAGUACACGGCGCACGACGGCCUCCGCAGUUACCGAACCGCGAUGCCCUCGUGGUCCUAA